CAACGCCGCAGAACGGUGAAAAACAACAAUAGGUCUAAUUAGCAAAAAAGCAACUUUGCACGUGCAGCACACUUUUUUUGUACAUUUCUUUGCCGCUGUUUUGCACGACUACAACGUGAAACUUCCAGAAACUUCUUAGUUACAGGUUUUUUUCGUUCACUUUUUUUUCACUGCCGCUAAUUUUCACCUUGCAUUGGUGGCCGCUAGCAUUUCUCAUUUUGUCACCACCGUUACAAAAUUUUCAUGUUGUUCAGUUCCAACUACAAAAUGUUUCCUUUGUUUUUUAUCUCUCGCUCUAAAUCUCUGUCGCCCUUUUUCUCGUUGAGCUUCGCUGGCCUGCCGCUUACUUUCUCUUUUUCUUUAUGUCUCUCUUGCUCUAUCUUCCAAAUUUGUGGACAUGACUUAAUACUUUAGAAAACACGACGUAUACAGAGACAAUUUCCACUUUCUAUUUUCCUUUUCAUUCACUCUUUAGUUGUUUCUGCUUUACAAGACGCGGGUGGCUAUGCGAUUUCCCGUCAAAAUAACCUGGAGUUGCAUUUUGAGUUGGAGUUGCAUACCUGUUGAUUCAGUUAUUUUACAUUGGUAUGUCUGUGGUGCGGACGGACGGUCGGGCGGUCGGUCGGUCGGUGUACGGUCACAUGAUUACCAAAUUUUCUCGGAUGGGUAGUUUACCACAUUUUCUUACCCAUGGUGCUCCGCUGUAUGAUAUGUUCUGUGGAUGUGACACGAAUGUAAUGGAAUAAAGUGCUCGUGACGGCAAGCAUAUUCAUGAAAAGGUAGACAUUUUGAGAUUUGUCUGCUCGAGAAAAUUUGGUCAGAUCUUAUACCAACAUGAAACAAUAUAUUCCCUUUGUUUGAGGAACAUCAAUGGCCACCGUGACGUCGUAUAUAUGCAGCUUAAUUGCACAUCACAUUAUGUGCCAACUAAGGCAUGGUUUCACAGACUAACAUAAACUACGGGCCGUGUCCCCAGUAUUGAAACAAGUUUCUGACCCACAGCUAAGCCGGAAGCACCGAUAAUUUUGGAAGUUCUCGCAGGAGUUAAUGACUUGGUAAUACGUUGGAAUGCGUCCAUCACCCAUCCUGCUGGACCAGUCCUGGAUUAUCUAGUACAGGUGAAAGAGGAGGAUGAUCCACUGAGACUAAACAAUUGCUCGCGAAUCGAAGAAAUUGCUUCCUCGUUUACCUGUGUUCUGGACAAUUUGAAGAGUGGUACUGUGUAUUUUGUGCGCGUUGCAGCACGGAAUAUUGUGGGAUACAGUGACUUUACAAAGGAGGAAAUUCGAACAAAAGAUGUUGAUGACGAUGAAAAUAAAGGUACGAGGACUUCACAUAUAAAUACAUUUUUUAAAUUAUAUAAUUCCCCUUCACACGGAGAGAUAUUACUUGUUAAGGCUGCUUUUUGCUGUAUAGCAAUUAUAACAAAGAGAGGCACAUAAUAUGAAAAAGCUCUACUUCAUUGUUUACUGAGGCUUUGCGUAUCAUCUGGGGGAGAGUUUUGCUCGUAAAUACUGAUAAUAAUAAGAAUGAUUAUGAUAAUGAUAAUAUUAAUGGUAGUGAUAACGAUGAUGCUAAUGAUGGUAAACGUGGUGAAUGUGUAACGAUUGUGAUUGAUUAUUUUGGUUUUAUCAAGGGAAACCAGACGAGACCCAGCAUCGCUUUGAAAAAGAGGUUAAUUUUUAAGAUACGGAUUUCCCCAAAGCUAUUUAAUUAUUUUGUUGAAUCCCUUUUACAGAAAUGGGCGCCUUAAAACAACACAAAGGCAAGUCUACAUACGUAGUUGACGCUAUUAUUGGAGGGGUCAUUGGCUUGAGCAGUCUGGUCGUAAUAAUUGUAGCUAUAGUGAUAGACAGACGACCUUGCCACAAAGGUAUCUGGAUAGAUAUAACUGUAUAAUACGCUAAGAUUAGAUAUAGUUUCGUUGUGGUAAUUACUUUUUUAUUCAAGGGGAUUUGUGCAAAAGAUCAGACUACAACCUAUGAGUAGGUUUAGGUUCGCCGACAUGGACGAUAAUGUCAAAUUUUAAAGCUUGGUUUCCAUACGUUACCCACAUCGUCCCAAUCAUUCUGAUUCCAGGGGAGAAUUGGGGCGAUUAUAUGGGGACCAUAGCAACUUCAAAAUACCUUGUCACUAGCGUGCUUUGCGUUGAAAACCAUGGUCCCCCAGUGGUUAACUUUGAAUAAACUGCUACCGUGGUCCCCUAGUGGAACCGGCCGUAACACCUGAUUUCCAUGUUAUCAUCUGGAUCACUACAUCGUCCUGGACGUUUUUAGGACGACUGAGAAAAUGGAAGAAAAAACGGAAGCUUAUUUCGAAAUCAGCCUAUUAUAUAAAUGUAUAACCGAUUUUGGAUCUUUGCGCAUCACCACUAGAUGAUUGUCGCGAUCGAAGGUUUAAACUAGUGGUCAGUUUAUGAUCAUUUAUGCUAACUGAUGUUAAUGUGUGAUUAUAGAGCAGUAGAAUCAUCUUUGUUUCUAGCAGCUGAGUGUGGCAGUCAAGAAAUCCGCAAUUUGCUCAAACAUUUUGGAGAUAAUUAACAUUUAUAUAAACUAAUAAUGGCGACCUAGCCUGUAAAGCUUUGAUCAAUGUUUUUUUUUCAUACUAGUUUUCGUCCUUUAUUCUUGACUUUUCUUUAUUUAAUCUUUACUCCUGACCUAACAUGAGUUCUUUACAACAACAGCUUUGAUUCAAAUCGUAUUCAAUUUGUUCCAUUUUGUAGGCAGUAAGAAAAGCAACAUUGAUAAAAGGUGAGCCACACAAUCUCUUCACUUCUUUACUGAAAUGCAUAAGUUAUAUGAUAACUUGCUGAAGCAAUUGUCAGCAAACACUUUGAUUCUCCAUGGCUCAAAGAGUGACUCUUUUAUUUUGCUUUUAUUUAGCUUUAAGGACGGCCAUGACAAUGAAGGCUUCGCGGAAAACCCGAAGGCUGAUGAAUUGCAGGUAUGUAAACCAGGCUAGAUGGUUAGAAUUGUGUUCGAUCCGAGAAAACGUAACCCCUGCUCAACUUAUGUUAUUCCUCUAUCUAGAACACCAGAGUCCUUUUUUCCCCUAUUUAAUUUAAAUGAAGUGUGCAUUUGUAACCAUUAUUCUGGCAGAGCACCACGAACACUGCACUGAAAAGGAUACCUGAUGACCCUAGGUUUUGUUGUUGUACUGGCUGACUUUAAAACUAAUCCAACAAUGGUGAGCCAAGAGGUUUUGCAUCAUUAUUACGCUGUUCAAUGUCAUAUAGAUUUUCAAUUGUAGCCAUCGUAGUCCUCAUAGCGAAGCUCUUGCGCACGUGAAGCGCUCACACCGGAGCACCAUGGGUAAUAGAACUGGGUUAUCUAUGCAUCCAAGAAAUUUUGGUUGUUACCAAAUCGUCCGUCCGUACGUACGUCCUUAUGUAGAUGUGAAAGGUCACACUUACUAGCCUGAGGUCCAACGCAUAUUAAAUCUGUUUUUACUUGAAAUUGGACAUCCAUGUUAUGUUUAAUUGACAGCUGUAAAAACCCGCUAUCCCACUGACCAGUGUCACAUGAAGUUCUUGAGCAGUUAUUGGUUUUCAAUUGAUCGUUGGUUCAGGUCCAUCUUUUUUCAGGAGGUUUUCAGUUUGCUUCUUGCUUAUAGCAAAAGUUAAAUUGAGUAAAAGAUGCCGCUUUUGGCCUUGUCUAAAUCUAUAUAUCGCAUCCAGCUUUUGAUAUUCGAAGGAUCGAAGCUAUCUAUAUAACUAUUGGGCAGUAUUCACUCCAUAGCGAAUAUAUAGAGACGGGAAACAAAAUGGCUGACGUGCAAUCGGAGUUUUGCCGCCAAAGGUUCAGAGCAUAACCGAUUGAAAAUACAACAAAAUCCUAGCAUUGACGUUCUGCAGAAAAGAGAAAAAAUUCAAUUCUAUUAAUAAACGUUUUUUGCUCACCUCGAUGAGAGCCGCCAUGACAGCACUUACAAACGAAACCUUUUCAUUAAGUUGGCGAGUUGACAGAUCCAAGCAAACAGCUCUUAUUUUAUUCCCAGGUUGGGUAACAAUAUAAAGUCUUGACGAUCCCUUUUAAACCGCUGACGCUAUAGUUUGCAAAAGGACGGAAAAUAUGAUUUCUAUGUUUUAAACUCCUGCAAAGAUCCGACUUUGCACGCGCUGUUGACCGCUAUAUGGGCCUUUUUCGCGUAUGAAAUUAUCAGUCAAUCGAAUCGUUUGAAUGGCUUCCUCUCUGCCACUAUUCUCCUUGAUCCCAAGAACAGGUGAUACGUAUCGUUAGCAAAUAGAGAGGUGAGCCUCUCGCGACUUGCCUUAUGCUUGGUAUUGGCGAAACGAGUGGGUGAUUGCAUGGUAGAAGGUACUCCAAAGGAACAUAACGGACAGCACCAAGCCACCUAUUAAAUAUUCCCUCAUGGUCAUUCUAAUAAUAAUAAUAAUAAUAAUAAUAAUAAUAAUAAUAAUAAUAAUAAUAAUGAUUUUUUUUUAAAAAAACGCUACAAAACUUUAUUCAUAGAUUUAAAAAAAUAGACUAUUUACAGAUUCAAGAAUAUGAAAUUUUAAAAUAUAUACCCUAUGUACAUUCUUCUUGUGUACGAAAGAGAAUUGUCGUAAAAUAACUAUCUAAAGACUACUAAUAACAAUUAUAAAAAACAUCAAAAAGUUAAUAAAAAAAAUAAAUAAUAAUAAUAAUAAUAAUAAUAAUAAUUAUUAUUAUUGUUGUUUGCUGAACUUCAUGCUGUCCUUCAAAACGAUCCGAUUCUGUCCGAAGGAUAUAUGUCUGGUGCAUUAGAGGUGGAUAAUAGGGAAGAUAAGAUGGAUUUCUUAAACUAUUAAUUAUUGCAGGUUGGAGCACAGCAGUUGUUGUUGUUUGUUGGACUUCAUGCUGUCCUUCAAAACGGUCCUAAGAAGCUUUGUGGUCGUAUAUCGUACCCAGUUUUUCAAUCGUUUAGAACAUGCGAAUUGAAUUUACCACCUCUUUUGUUUACAGGAGCAACAAGUAUAAUGGAGAGCUUAGAUAAGUGGAAGUACAAAGAAGGCUUGUCGGAGAACGGGGUCCCGCCUCAAGCAAGCCUUCAAUGAAGAUGAGGGACAUCGGGUCGAUAGACUGAAAAAAGUCAUUGUCAAGUGUGUAUCACAGAUUUUGUCAAUGGGGUUUAGUUUUUACCCUUAUUAGUGAGAUCAAACUUUGUAAACACUUUUAAAGGAUGAUGUUUGUAAAUAUUAGCACUAAGUUUGAUAAAUAUUUUAGAAGGUAACUUGUAAAUAAACUGGUUUACCUUCGGCCAGGUACGUAACACCCGUAACAAAAACUUUUAAAUUGUAUUUCUUAGAAGCUACGAGCAAAUUCUUACAUCUAGUCAUGGCAUGGGAAAAUAACAGCCCCCUCCGCGUGGGGUUUUUCGUUUUUUGUCUACCUCAUUUCAAUUCUCAUAACUAGAGCAGGAGAUUUUCGUCAGUCUAUGCAAAACUAUGUCUCAGAAGUAAAUGAUUGGCUAUUAUUAUUAUUAUUGGAAAAGGAGGUUUGGAAACAUAAAAUAGCAACGAACAAUAUACAGGUCGAUGUAGAACCCACUACAUACAAAUGAGGUGAAAAUAACUAAGUUAAUAUCAUGGCAGCACUGACAAAACACAGCAAUAAUCGUUAUCUAUUAUUCUGAUACGAAGGGUGACAAAAUAACUAUCAAUAAAACAUUUGAGCAAGAUGAGUACCUCCACGCUUAUAAUUCACCCUACCGACCCUGAAAAAAAUGUUCAUCUAACUCGGCUCAAGUCGUUUCCAACUUAGCAAACCAUGUCAUGAGUUUAAAACCUUUGCCACCAAUUUUUUCUCCAGAGCCUUCAUUACCGCAGGGUAACUGGUAACAGACGCUCUGGAAAAAUCGGAAACCGGAUCUGCAAAGUCCCGGUUUCGGUUUGAUUACUUCCUAAAGAAGUUGUUAACUAGUUACUGACCAAGAGAGGUCCCUGGGGGAAUUUUUUAGGAAACCACAAUUUGAAUAGGCGCCGUAGUUCCGUAAUAGUCACGAGCAGAUAACUUUACGUUACCUUCGAUCGCGACGAAUUUAGUAAAGAAAGCAUCUUUAGUUAAAGAAGACCGAAAAAUAUCAAUGCAAUAACGCGGUGAUCUGACAAGCUUGAUCCUUGUCCUGUAAAGUCGACUGAAACAUUCUUUGUGUUCGCUCCAUUACGGCUGCCAAUUGGGCGAAUUUUGAAAGCUUUCGUCAACUGAACUGUUAAGAAGCAACUUUGGCAGUCACUUAUAAUGUGUGUUAUUCAUCUUUAAGGUUUGUUACCAAUCGUUCGGAAUUCUCUGACCCAAUCUCCCCAAAAUUCUCUUCCCUUGCAGGGAAGAGAAUUAUCUUGAGCCACCAUUUUGAACCACGGCUCCACGGUAUUUUUCCCGGGAAAAUUAACCCUAUUCAGACCGGGGGUUUUCGAGGCCUUCCCUCCCGCUAAUAAGAUGGAUAACGCCAAGACCGUUUGAGCUUUGACCAACAAAAUUAGCGACUAUUCCCAGGAGCCUAUAACCCGGAGAGGGUUGUGCACAUGCAACUGCGUUUCUAUUUAGCUCAAUUUUCCCGAAAUUUUGAAUAUCAAAUAAGUCUUACAAGUCGGGUAUCAAGAACUGGAGAAUGGAAAAUAGUGUAUCUGAUGUUUUGAUAGCAUCUAAUUUUUCUUUUCGUCAUUAUUAACUUACUAUGGAUGGGCACAUACGGGACGUUGCUUCCAUUUUCCCGGGAAAAGUACUCCAAAAUGAUGCUGAAAAUAAACUUAUCUGUGAAAACGCCGUUGUAUGUACUAAGUAUGGGAGUGGUACUCCUCCAGCUUAUGAGCUCCUGCUUUUCCGGAAAAAUUAACUGGGAAUAUUUUAAAGUCGUUAACAUUGAUGUUACCAUUGCAACCGAGUUUUAAAGCAGUGUUUUUGCAAAAUCUGCCUUUUCCUUUAAAAGGGAUAUAUUUCUAUUAUCACUUAUUGUAAGAGUACACUUAAUUUAGCAGUAUUUUAUCAAAUGUAUUACAACUGUCACGGUAAUGCAGGCUUUUUAGUGACUAAUUUGAGGGAAAAAAAUUACAUGACUAAAUGGCACAUGCUGUUAAAUUUUUAACAGUGUUCUUUUUUUCUCGAAAUGUCAUAACUGGUGGAUCAUUUUUUUCUUUGCUUUUAAUUGACCCGUUUGUACACAGAUAUUGUUUUUUCUCACGAUUACCAGGAGUUAUACGGUUUGUAUAGACAUAUUAUUGUUUCGUAGUAUUCUAUUUUCACUCUUGUGUAUAUCUGUAAAAUGGAGUUUAAACUGAUCAGUAUAUCGUCUGUAUAAAAUUUUGUGUUUGAGUUCUUGUCGAGUGAAAUGUGCGUACGUUUUUGACUGGAUAUUUUGAUAAAUAAUGUACGCUAGCUAAAUGUAAGCUUAUGUAUAAAUAAAAAUGCAAUUUUAGUCAACUUCGUUUAAACAAAUUUAACUUCCUUACAGUGCAAAGAAUUCAUGCAGAUUGUCUGCCCCGUUAGUUUAUUUUUUUUUCAAAUACACAUG